AUGCACUGCCACUUCAUACGCGCCGGAGUGGUCGGCAAGCACAUCUACUAUCACGCAGACUGCGUGCGCGCAGGAAAGUCUUUGUCCGUGUGGACCGUCCAGGCAAAGCAGCCGGUGGACAUUAUUUUCUCGGCCACAAUUAGUUUUGCGCGCGACAAUACCGGAGAAAGAAAAGCGCUCCGGCACCAGUCUCUUCCGUCUCCUUCUGUGUGGGCCAGUCGACCGCCGUCGGAACUCCGAGAGGAUACCGAUUCGAGGUUGCUUUCGGCAACCAGCCAAAAAGAUAGCGGACAUGUCGUUGAAAGUGUCCGUGUCCCUCGGACGCUAUGUGACGAGGAUACACCGUCCACUACCCGCUUGUGGCAAUGGAUUCGCGCAUGCUCCGUACAAAGCAACAUCAUCGGCGGCGGCCUCGAAAUGACAGAUGGAAGUCGAGCUGCCCACCUGGCAGCUCUUGCAUACAUUUCCGAUCACUAUUUUAUCGGCACCGUGCCCCGCAUUCACAGAGCGGGACGGUUUAUCGGGGCAUCUUCAAUUCUACAAAUAAAGCAAUCAAUCGAUGCCAGCACGUCACUGGGGAAGAAGAAGCUGCAAUUGUUUCAGAAGCUGUCAAAUGAAGAACUGGAAGACAAUGCAGGGCCAGGGAGAUCGACUGCAAAUUCCCAUGCAGGCGUUACCAACACAGUCGAAAUGAUGGUCACACUCAACCAUACCAUUUUCUUUCAUAACCCCAAAGAUAUACGAGCAGACGACUGGUUGCUCGUGGAGGCGGAGACGCCAUGGGCGGGUGAUGACCGGGGUGUGGUCAUCCAGAGGAUAUGGACGUCAGACAAGGUACUCGUUGCGACAUGUGUGCAAGAGGGUAUCAUCCGACUGCAACAGGAUGAGGCUGUGCCGAAGAGCAAAAUGUAA